GGAUUAUUUAAGCUGUAUCAGAGAGAGCAUUCAGAGCUGCCAAUUACGUAAAUAAUACCUACAUACUUGUAAAAUUUACUCACUUGAAGACCAGCCUAUUUGAUUGGCUGGAAGGGCCUUCAUUUGUCACAUGGUAUAGGGUUCAAACAUUUGUACAAACAUUUCCAUUGGCUGUUGUGCUCAGUUUUCCAGGAUUUUAACUUAACACUUAGCUAACAACUAGUAUUAUACAAAUUUUUGCAAAAAACCUUGCAACAGUACAGUAUUUAUUGGAUCUCGCUGGCGUCUCCAAUAGAGGAAUUGAUCAGGGUUUGAUUUCUACGGAUACUUUCCCACACCAAAGUUACUCUGACUGCAAUAUUUAUUGACCAGACAGGGAGAAGAUAGAAUUGUGCCAAAACCUUGCAGGUUGUGCUUAACCAAAGAUAAAUACUGCAGAACAACAGAACAGCAGACAAGAAAUCCUGCAUCGUGAUUGGUGGAUUCCUGGAAUAUCCGAUUGCCUCAAUUUGAGAGAGAGACAAGAAAGAUUAGCACAGGAAAUUGACAAGGAACCUGACCUUUCCAUGUAGCCAAUUCUGUGGCGUGCAAAUUUUGACCAACAAACCUUGGACAGAAUUCCCCCUCCUGUAUCAUAUUACUGAAUAAUUUCCGACUUCAAUCAUAAUUCUGACGACUGUGACGUGUUCUAGGUACUCAGCCAAACAUAUUACAAACACAAACAUUAUAGGAACCCAGACUACGAGAGAUCCUCCACAAAACUUCCCACCAACUGAAUAAAGGCAGCUGAUUAUAUACACCAUAAUUACAAGCCUCUUUUUGACUUUGCAUGAAACUUGAGACAUUUGACCUUCAUUGAAGGAUUAUUUGUAGAAGGAAGAACAGAGAGAAACAAUCAAAUUGGUACUUUACACUUGUAUGGAAUUAACCAUAGACCAAUGAGUGCCCUGUUUUUAUCAUACAUGCCAAAGUAAACGCCAUGCAGGUGGAUUCAUUAACCAAUCUGAUUGGCCAGCUUAAAUAAUUCUAUCAGUUGUUAUUGCCAAUUUCUGACAUCAUUCACAACUUUCUAGAAUUACCUAAAAACAGUGGUUGAUUUCUUUGACUUUGCGUGGUUUAAACCAUUACAUAAAUGUAAGCCAGGUUGUUUUCACAAAAGGAAUGUUACAGAACAAUAUGAAUACAUCUGAUCUUGUGACAGGGUGGUUCACCACCCCAUCUACGACGACAGAAAUAACCAGCAUCGUCAAGUUCAACCGAAACUACAUGAAAUAUCAUGGUUAUAUUAGCUCUAUCAUCUGUCUCUUCGGAGUCAUCUCCAACAUCGUCAACAUCAUCGUCCUGACACGACGACACAUGGUGACGCCCACCAACUGUAUCCUUACAGCUCUUGCUAUCACGGACAUGAUGACCAUGUCCAUUUACUUUGUGUACGCCGUGUACUUCUACAUCGUCACGGAACCGCUGGACAAUUAUCAACAUGGCGAGGGAUGGAUGUACUUUGUCAUUGUCAACAACUUGGCUGUCAUCACGUUUCACAACAUGGCUAUGUGGUUAACAGUUUCACUGGCAGUUUUCAGGUACAUAUUUGUGUGUCAUCAUGUAGUGGCCAAUCAAUGGUGCAGCCUUAACCGAGCCAAACUGACCAUCUUCAUCAUUGUCGUCGUAUCCAUCAUCCUUUGUGUCCCGAAUUACUUCCUGUAUCAAGUGAAAAAUCUCAAAGAAUUUUACCAGCCGGAAAUCAACGGAACACGUAAUCUCACAGAUUCCUUGAAUGGGUACUGGAUCGAAAAAAGUGACCUUGUCCGCGACAGUCCCCUGUACCAGCCAAUCACGUUUUGGAUCUAUGGCGUGAUCAUCAAAAUAGCCCCUUGUAUUUUACUGACGAUUCUUAGUACGUUAAUUAUCAUGACCAUGCACCAGGCAAGCAUACGUCGUAAACGUCUUCUGUCUCAGUCCAACAGUCGUCACAAUGAGGAGAUGUCGGCAGAACACAACAGAACCACAAUGAUGCUUGUUAUGGUGGUCCUAUUCUUUGUGGUGACCGAGUUCCCUCAGGGGAUUUUGGCCGGGAUUAGUGGUCUAAACGACGUAUUUUUUAACGAAGUGUACACCAACCUCGGGGAUGUCAUGGACCUUCUCGUCCUUAUCAACAGUGCCAUAAACUUCCUGUUGUACUGUAUUAUGAGCCAGCAAUUUAGGGACACGUUUAAGAACCUGUUUUUGUGUUCAUGUGUUAGAAACUUAAACAAUGGUGGUAUUAUCCUAAAGAAUGGGAUCCAUACUAACCAUUACAGCACAGUUAAAACGGAAGUCACGCAAGUCUGAGAACUUUGUUAGAUAUAAAUAAUUCAGACCUUAGGAAGCUAAUGUACUGUGGUCCUUAAAAAAGAUGGAUAGGUGGGAUAUAAAGAGACCUUUUUCCUCCAUUAAUUGUGUACAGUUUUAUUCUGUUCCAACCUGAAACAAAAGAUUGGCAAAUUUUUCUUGCCCGAGCCAUCCUAAGUGGAUACAUAUAUAUCAAACAAACUUGAAUUUGUAAAAAUAGCUUAUGUCCACUAUCAUUGCAUAUCUAGCACUCAACUGCUAUGCUUAUAGUUUUAUACUGUAACUAUGGCAACUGAUGAGAAUUACACAUGUUACCAUGGUAAUUACAUUGCUUAUCAUCUUUUUUUGGGGGGGGGGGGGGGGGGAGAGUGAUGGGGGGGGGGGGGGGGAUUUGUUCUUGUGUGUAAUUAUCAUUGUAACAUUCAUUCUGAAGUUGAAAUUCGGGUCCCAAUUUUGUGUAACUUUCAUCCUAAAUGUUGCCAUGAUACAGUAUCUGUUUAUUUAUACAUCACUGUAUUAUAUGCGACUGUAACUGUUAUUUUCUGUGUUAAAUUCAUUUAUGAUUGAUAUUAUUAAAAUUCAUUAUCUGCACAAUA